AUGGCGAUAUCAACCCCCACUGCCGCCGCCACGUUGGACGACAAGUUCCAGAAUCUAGACGACGAGGCCGUGUACACUCGCGUCAAGACCGAGGCUGCCAGCGACAAGGCUCUCAACUUUGUCGUCGAGUUCAACCUCCACGAGGCCUUCAUCGCCUUUAACCUGACCUCUGAUGAUUUCAGCCACCUCGCUGCCCGAAAACGCAAAGAGGGCAUGGUGCAAUGGAUCAAUAUCUGGUCACCGAGCAUGCAGAAACCGGCCGUGGAGCGCAUCGGCGCCCAGUAUGGGUUUUCCAAGAGACUUCUCGCCAUUAUGACGGCUCCGGCCCCGUCAUACAUCAAGCAAACCAAUGCGACGCCGGUGUCACCCCGACGAGGUGAUGUCGAGAAGGGGUCAUUGUCUGACGGCCCUGUACUUCCACCACCGGGACAGACGCAGGCACAAGUAUUGGAGGAGCUUCAGAUCUACCAACUUGUGAAGGAGACGGUCAACUACACCUCAAUUGACCAAGGGAAGAACUUCCUAUGCAUCGGUGCCAACUGGUUGCACACCCGGCCACAGUUCAGAGCCACCGAACAUAGUCCAAGUCUGUUACCACCCAGGCACUGGUCAUGGCUUGCCCUCAGCUCCGACGCCGUCGUGGUGUCUUUCCACGAGACGCCAUCGUCAGAACACCCCGAAGACGAAGAAUGGACCAUGGCAGAACUCGUCAAUACGAGAUCCAACACGACCAGCGUAUUGUGCCAACUAUCCAAACACAGUGUAGAAGAUUUCGAACGAAGGCUUCUCUCGCUGAAGCCGGUCAGGCAGGCAAUGCCUCGAUCGGAACUCGACAGCAACGCUGCCUGCGAAGGCUCGAGACUAUUCGUCGGCUUUGCCAGUUUUAAGAACUUCCAAACAAGAGCUGGGUCGACUGGUAAGUCACGAGAACCGAGUCUCGACGACCAUGACUUGUAA